AUGCAGUACAACAUUGAAGACAACCAGGGGAAGAAUGACGGGCGCUUUGAGACUAUGCACUGGUUCCUCGUGUGUCUGGCUAAAGGCAAGCAGCGUAUAGUGGAGGCCGAGGACUUUGAACAGACCAAAGGCGACUUCUACCGCCGGGAAGUGAAUGCUAUUAUGAUGCAUCACACUGAACCCGAGCUCAUAUCGCUCAUG